AUGAACGCCAUCAUAAACUUUCGCUUCGGCCUGCCAAUUUUAUGACGUUGAUACAACCCCUUCAAUCAACGAUAGGACGACCCAGACCUAGCACACUUCCUUAACGACAUCGAUAUGUACUGCCACCGCAACCUUGAGAUCCGGACCGCCGAGCCAUUGACGCCAACAGCGCUCCACAGCGCCUCGCCCAUCUCCCCACCACCGCGGGCUGCCCUGGCUUCUGGGGAAAUCGACACGGAGCGCUUGGCGAAUGAUAUGAUCACGGCUGCGGAUGUUGCGACGGUGUUGUUGGAGAUGAUUGCCGCUGGGGGCGAUGCCGAGGUUUUGCAGCAAUUGUAUGACCAAACAAAGAGUUUCCAAGGCGUCCUGGAGAACCUCGUCAGUCAGACGACCGCGAAGCUAAACGAGGACGUCAUGAUGAGAAUACUCUCCACAAACGAUGUUCUCCUCGCCGCCAUCGACGCCUACACCCAACACCUCACCACCCCACCACCGUCCUCCCGCCCCUCCCGCGGCGCCACUCCAUCCCCCGCACGCCCGAAAUCCACCGUAGAAGCCAGCUCCCAACCCUCUUCUUCGUCAUCACGGCCCUCUACAUGGCAUGGUGGUGCCCAACUGCCAAUACAGCCACCGUCGGAGUCCAGUCUCAAGCAUAAACGUGACCUCAGUCUGUCGAAUUUGUCGGAUCUGGACCUGCUGGAAUCGAUUGGGGAUGAUAUGGGACAUGUAGGCAAAGGGGAUGGCCUGCAUGUUCGCCCGCAGCCGAGUUCGAGGAUGAAUUCGGAAUUGGAUGAUCAGGUGGGUGUCGGGACAAACUCGUGUGUGUUUUGUAUCUUGUUUUUCGGAUGGCUGCACUGCCCCGGGCCCGGGAGCAUCACUCUACGGAAACGGUACCAAUACUCAUCACACUCUUGAUUGGGUUCUCAGAUGAAAGAGAUCGACGCAUUUUUGGAAGACC